AUGUCCCAAGAAUAUCAGAACAUAACCCAAAUACAGGUUGAAAAUGUCCCCGAAUUACAGCAUAUUCAGUUUGCGGAGGGUCUGCCUGAAGGUGCCACUGUUACGUUUAUUGAUUCUUCAGCUCUCGAUCAACAACAGAUUAUAGACCUCCCUCCAGGUAUAGAGAUCUAUCAAACUAUUCAGCUACAAGAUGGCAGUGAACAUGUCCUUCAACCCUUGUUGACCCAGCUAGCUAAUAGUAGUAUACAAGUACAGACAUCAGCUUCAGAAGGGGAGGUAAUUCCUUCUGUAGAGAUAGCGCCACUUACUGGAGUAUCCGAACCUGUGACUACUACUGCUUCUAAAGUUGAAGAAAUCAGACCCCCAGUUGGAAAG